AACAGUACGGACUUAUCUUUCCUAAGAAGGUCCAGCAGAAAGGACUGGUCAAGCAUGCUGCAUUUAUGGACGACUCCGACGAAGAGUCGUCGAUCAGCGAGAGCCUCCAGAAGGAAGCGGUGAAAAAACAAGCCAUGAAACAAACCAAGCUGGAGAUCCAGAGGGCCCUGGCCGAAGACUCCUCCGUCUACGAAUACGACACCAUUUACGAGGACAUCCAGCAGAAGAAGGCGGAGAGCCAGGCCAGCUCCCUUGCGGGGAAAGCCGAGAAAAAGCCCAAGUACAUCCAGAACAUCCUGCAGGCGGCUGAGCUGCGCAAGAAGGAGCAGGAGCGUCGGACGGAGAAGAAGAUCCAGAAGGAGCGCGAGGCGGAAGGAGAGGCCUUCCAGGACAAAGAGGCCUUCGUGACCUCGGCCUACAAGAAGAAGCUGCAGGAGAGAGCCGAAGAGGAGGAGAGGGAGAGGAAGGAGGCCGCCAUUGAAGCCUCCCUGGAUGUCACCAAACAGAAGGACCUGAGUGGUUUCUACCGGCAUCUGCUGAACCAAACUGUGGGGGAGGAGAAGAUGCCACACUGCAGCCUUCGGGGAGCCGGUUGAUUUUGUCUCCAAAACGACAUUUAGGUUCAAAGGAGAAGACCCCUCCGAGAAGCCAACAGGCUCCCAUCAAAGUCUGGAAAACAAAACGGGAACUCAUGUUCCCGGGAAGGGA